GGGGGGGGUGGGUGGGCAGUGAACCUGCAGAAAGACAGAGUCUCAAGAAACGGCGACGGGGCUCUGCCUAGAAGGACCAGAGAAACGCAGUUGGCCGGAUCUGGGUCUGAAGCUCUCCCGAUGCCAGCCUCUCCUGAUCCGGCCUUGAUCUCAGGCGGCUGCUGACCUGCACUCAAAGGGUGCUCCAUCAGUUCCCGGGGGGGGGGGUCCAGCAGCGGCCGGAAGGACGCCGAGGGGCUGCCGAGAUGGCGGGAGCGUCGGUGAAGGUGGCGGUGAGGGUGCGGCCCUUUAAUUCCCGUGAAAUGAGCCGGGAUUCCAAAUGCAUCAUCCAGAUGACAGGCAGCACUACCACCAUUGUCAACCCAAAACAACCCAAAGAAACACCAAAAAGCUUCAGCUUUGAUUAUUCCUACUGGUCUCACACCACGCCUGAAGACAUCAACUAUGCUUCCCAGAAACAAGUCUACCAGGAUAUUGGAGAAGAGAUGCUGCAGCAUGCCUUUGAGGGCUACAAUGUUUGCAUUUUUGCUUACGGCCAGACUGGUGCUGGCAAAUCCUACACCAUGAUGGGAAAGCAGGAGAAAGAUCAACAAGGCAUCAUUCCUCAACUGUGUGAAGACCUUUUCUCCCGAAUCAAUGACACAACCAAUGACAAUAUGUCCUACUCCGUAGAGGUCAGUUACAUGGAGAUUUACUGUGAGCGGGUCCGGGACCUCCUGAACCCCAAAAACAAGGGCAACCUCCGAGUGAGAGAACACCCCCUCAUGGGGCCCUACGUCGAGGACCUCUCCAAGCUGGCCGUCACCUCCUAUAAUGACAUUCAGGAUCUAAUGGACUCCGGGAACAAAGCAAGGACAGUGGCAGCCACCAACAUGAAUGAAACCAGCAGCCGCUCCCAUGCGGUCUUCAAUAUCAUUUUCACCCAGAAGCGCCACGAUGCAGAAACUGACAUCACCACCGAAAAGGUGAGCAAAGUCAGCCUUGUUGACCUGGCUGGAAGUGAACGGGCAGAUUCCACAGGUGCGAAGGGCACACGCCUCAAGGAAGGAGCAAACAUAAACAAAUCCUUGACCACACUGGGGAAGGUGAUCUCUGCACUAGCUGAAAUGGAUUCAGGGCCAAACAAGAACAAAAAGAAGAAGAAAACAGACUUCAUUCCAUACCGAGACUCUGUGCUGACCUGGCUCCUCCGAGAAAAUCUGGGGGGUAAUUCCCGGACUGCUAUGGUGGCCGCUCUUAGUCCUGCAGAUAUUAACUACGACGAGACCCUCAGCACUUUGAGGUAUGCUGACCGGGCCAAGCAGAUCAGAUGCAAUGCUGUGAUAAACGAGGAUCCGAACAACAAGCUGAUCCGGGAGCUGAAGGAUGAAGUGGCUCGGCUGAGAGACCUACUGUAUGCCCAAGGUCUUGGGGACAUCAUUGACACUAACACUGUUCCAGGAGGACCUAAAUACGUGUCCGACUUUGAGAACAAUAAUGGUAAUCCUAGCCUGGCAGACUUGAGUCAACGCCCUGACAAUCUCUCCACAGUGACCAACGCCUUAGUGGGGAUGAGCCCCUCGUCCUCCCUGUCAGCCUUAUCCAGUCGCGCUGCCUCCGUUUCCAGCCUCCACGAACGCAUGAUGUUUGCUCCGGGCAGCGAAGAGGCCAUUGAGAGACUCAAGGAGACCGAGAAGAUCAUUGCUGAACUGAAUGAGACCUGGGAGGAGAAACUGCGCAGAACAGAAGCAAUCCGUAUGGAGAGAGAGGCCCUGCUGGCUGAAAUGGGCGUGGCCAUGAGAGAAGAUGGAGGUACUCUGGGGGUGUUCUCUCCUAAAAAGACGCCUCAUCUCGUCAACCUGAACGAGGACCCGCUGAUGUCUGAGUGCCUGUUGUACUACAUCAAAGAUGGGAUAACCAGGGUUGGGCGAGAAGACGGAGAGAGGAGGCAAGAUAUUGUUCUGAGCGGACACUUCAUCAAAGAGGAGCACUGCAUUUUCCGAAGUGAUACCAGAGCAGGCACCGAAGCAGUAGUGACCCUGGAGCCGUGUGAAGGGGCGGACACCUACGUCAAUGGCAAAAAAGUGACAGAGCCCAGUAUACUGAGAUCUGGAAAUCGCAUCAUCAUGGGGAAGAGCCACGUGUUUCGAUUCAAUCACCCUGAACAGGCGCGCCAAGAACGGGAGCGUACCCCAUGUGCGGAGACCCCGGCUGAACCCGUGGACUGGGCUUUCGCACAGCGAGAGCUGCUAGAGAAACAAGGCAUUGACAUGAAGCAGGAGAUGGAACAGAGACUUCAGGAACUUGAGGACCAAUACCGCAAGGAAAGAGAAGAGGCCAACUACCUUCUGGAACAGCAAAGGCUGGAUUACGAGAGUAAGCUGGAGGCUUUACAAAAGCAGAUGGAUUCCAGGUAUUACCCAGAGGUCAAUGAAGAAGAAGAAGAACCGGAAGAUGAAGUCCAGUGGACUGAAAGGGAGUUUGAGCUGGCACUGUGGGCCUUCAGGAAGUGGAAGUGGUACCAGUUCACCUCACUGCGAGAUCUACUCUGGGGCAACGCCAUUUUCCUCAAGGAGGCCAACGCCAUUAGUGUUGAACUGAAGAAAAAGGUCCAGUUCCAGUUCGUGCUCCUCACUGACACCUUAUACUCCCCUCUGCCUCCGGACCUGCUCCCUCCCGAAGCUGCCAAAGACAGAGAGAAACGUCCCUUCCCACGAACCAUUGUGGCUGUAGAAGUCCAAGACCAAAAAAAUGGAGCGACCCAUUACUGGACUCUGGAGAAACUCAGGCAGAGGCUGGACCUGAUGCGGGAGAUGUACGACAGGGCCGCCGAAGUGCCCUCCAGCGUCAUCGAAGACUGUGACAACGUUGUCACUGGCGGGGACCCUUUCUAUGACCGCUUCCCUUGGUUCCGGCUGGUUGGCAGUUCAGAUAUCUCUGGCUGCAACAGCUCUCCUCUUUUCAACACAUGCAUGAGCGAGCGCAUGGCUGAUCUCACCCCCUCCCCCACCUUCUCGAACCCCGACUCCGACAUCACCGAGCCUGCUGACGAGCAGCAUGUGGGGAAGGAGGAGGAGGAGGAGGAGGAGGAGGAGGACCUGGAGGAAGACAUCUUUCCGGAGUACUCGCUGUAUGAUGGCCGGGAUCCAUUUUACGACCGCUCCCCCCUGUUCAGUUUAGUAGGAAGGGCGUUCGUGUACCUCAGCAACCUGCUCUACCCGGUGCCCCUCGUUCACCGCGUGGCCAUCGUCAGCGAGAAGGGAGAAGUGAAAGGAUUCCUGCGGGUGGCCGUCCAGGCUAUCUCAGCGGAUGAAGAAGCCCCGGAUUAUGGCUCAGGUGUCCGGCAGUCAGGAACAGCCAAAAUUUCCUUCGACGAUCAACAUUUUGAAAAGUUCCAAUCCGAAUCCUGUCCCGUGGUCGGAAUGUCUCGUUCGGGGACCUCCCAGGAGGAGCUGCGCAUUGUUGAAGGCCAGGGACAGAUCACUGACUUAGGACCUACUGCGGAUGAAGUGAACAAUAAUACCUGUGCAGUGACUCCUGAAGAUGUUCUCUUGGAUAGCCCUGAGAAAAAUGUCAUGGACGGUCCCCUGGAAGCAGCUCUAGAGCAUCUUAAGCUGGGAAGCAUUUUCACCUUCCGCGUGACAGUCCUCCAGGCCUCCAGUAUCUCAGCAGAAUAUGCCGAUAUCUUCUGCCAGUUCAAUUUUAUCCACCGACACGAUGAGGCCUUUUCCACAGAACCUUUGAAAAACACAGGAAGGGGCCCUCCUCUUGGAUUCUACCACGUCCAGAAUAUUGCAGUUGAGGUCACCAAGUCCUUUAUUGAAUACAUUAAGAGCCAACCGAUCGUAUUUGAGGUAUUUGGACAUUACCAACAGCAUCCUUUCCCCCCUCUCUGCAAGGAUGUUCUCAGGUUUCAAGAUGCCAGUUUUUGCCAUACAAAUCUCUUCUUUCUCUACAGCCCCCUGAGACCAUCACGCCGCCAUUUCCCUCGGGUCAUGCCUCUAUCCAAACCAGUCCCUGCGACAAAGCUGAGUACUUUAACCCGACCUACGGCUGGACCCUGUCACUGCAAAUACGACUUAAUGGUGUUCUUUGAGAUCUGUGAGCUGGAGGCCAAUGGCGAUUACAUCCCAGCAGUUGUGGACCACCGAGGCGGGAUGCCAUGCCAUGGAACUUUCCUGCUGCAUCAGGGCAUCCAGAGGAGAAUCACUGUGACCCUGGUGCACGAGACGGGAAGCCACAUCCGCUGGAAAGAAGUGCGAGAGCUGGUCGUGGGUAGGAUCCGGAACACUCCAGAAACAGACGAGUCGCUCAUUGACCCUAACAUCUUGUCUCUCAACAUCCUUUCGUCUGGAUAUAUCCGCCCGUCUCAGGAGGAUCGGCAGUUUCUUGAUUCGGAUAUGCCUAGCAUUUCAUUCGGAAAUGACACUAGGGCAUUUUACCAGUUCGAAGCAGCGUGGGACAGUUCGAUGCACAAUUCCCUCCUUCUGAACCGGGUCACCCCCUACAGAGAGAAGAUCUACAUGACGCUCUCCGUUUAUGUUGAGAUGGAGAAUUGCACACAGCCGGCUGUGAUCACCAAAGAUUUCUGCAUGGUGUUCUACUCCAGAGAUGCCAAAUUACCAGCUUCCCGCUCCAUUCGCAACCUCUUUGGCAGUGGGAGCCUGCGAGCUUCUGAGAGUAAUCGAGUGACUGGGGUGUAUGAGCUCAGCCUGUGCCGUGUGGCUGAUGCCGGUAGUCCAGGGAUGCAGAGAAGACGCAGGCGGGUGCUGGACACGUCGGUCGCUUAUGUUCGGGGUGAAGAGAAUCUGGCUGGUUGGAGACCCCGCAGUGACAGCCUCAUCUUGGAUCACCAGUGGGAGCUUGAGAAACUCAGCCUUCUUCAGGAGGUUGAAAAAACCAGACAUUACCUCCUCUUGCGUGAGAAGCUGGAGACCACGCAGAGAUCCGGCCAGGAGACGCUGUCCCCGUGUUCAAGCGAAGAUUCGGAGUCCCACAGCCCGUCCUGCGUCUCUUCACCAGACGCCCCGGAGAAUCGGACUUCUCCGGAGACUCCCAGCGAGAGACAGAAAGAGCUGGCCGCCAAGUGCUUACGCCUCCUCACGCAUACCUUCAACAGAGAGUACAGCCACAGCCAUGUCUGUGUCAGUGUCAGCGAGAGCAAGUUGUCAGAAAUGUCAGUGACUUUGAUGAGGGACUCCUCCAUGACAGCUCUGGGGACAACUACUCUUACCCCCUCCUCGACCUGUCCAUCACUGGUCGAAGGGCGGUACAACACACCCGUCCUUAGGACCCCCCAACUCUGUUCCCGACCAACUAGUCCUGAACCUGAACCCGUCCUGGAGGGAGAGCAGAAGAAAUCCCCUUCUCCUACACGCGGGGCCGAAGAGGAGAAGGAGCCCCAGCGUUUACUGGUGCCAGAUAUACAGGAGAUACGCGUCAGCCCCAUUGUUUCCAAGAAGGGCUACCUGCACUUCCUGGAACCCCAUACCAACGGCUGGGUGAAGCGUUACGUGGUGGUGAGGCGUCCAUACGUGUACAUCUAUAACAGCGACAAGGAUUCGGUGGAGAGAGCCAUCCUCAACCUCUCGUCAGCUCAGGUGGAAUACAGUGAAGACCAGCAGGCCAUGCUCAAGACUCCCAACACAUUCGCAGUGUGUACAGAGCAUCGUGGAAUCCUUCUGCAGGCAAGCAGCGACAAGGACAUGCACGACUGGCUGUAUGCAUUUAAUCCUCUCCUGGCUGGAACGAUAAGAUCUAAGCUUUCCAGAAGAAGAACAGCCCAGAUGAGAAUCUAAACUAAAACCAUUUACCGCCACCUCGUCGAUCCGCCAAGAAGAUCCAGGCCCCUCGUUCUUCUAUAUAAGAGUCCUUCGCUCCCCACCCCGGCCCUCUUAACUUCAGACCUGCCACGUCGUCAACUGGCCCGACAGCCUGUCCCUCCAUCCGACAGCUCACGAUUCCCACUUUCACCCGGGAAAACUCAUCUCUGUGGUAGCCGCAAAUCCGUGACCGGCGCAGCCAUGUUUUCGCGUGCAUGUGGUCUUCUGCCCGUCUCCUCGGCGGGCGACCUUACCGUCACAUGACUUGUAAUGCUCAUUCGCAGAAGCCGUUGUUGUUGUUUCGUUUCGUUUUCCUAGACGAGUCCUCAGUAACGUGAGGUGGAAAAUGUCCGACGGGUCGGAGGUUACAAGUCUUGAGGAAUUGCUGCCAAUCAAAUUUAAAAAAAGGUCGAUGGGUUCAUUAUGAAUAUUUCAUCAGUUACCGAAGUUGAAAAUCUCCCCCGAAAGUAGAUGUAUUGUAAUUAUCCUAUCUACACGCUAUUUCUUUCUAAUGUCUUUACCCAGUCCGUUCUUUAGGUUCCGAUUAAUCUAGUUUUUGAGCCUUCUCACAUGUGCCUCCAAAGCAUCCCUUGGGGGAAGAGAGAGUGUUGAAGGAAAGGUUGAGGUGGGGGGGAAGAGUUAUCAGAGACAUAUCAAAUACUCAAAAAAGAGAACAACGUUGUUCUCUUUUCUCCAAAGCCCUGUUACUAAAAACACCAAGUGAACCUCAGAGGUUUGUUGAGCGCGUUCAUUCAGUUGUGGACACUCACUAUGAGAACACAGUGUGGAGGCUGCCGUGACCAAGUAUUCUGGAACAUUUUCCUCUCCCACAAAAUUGUAACCCCAGAAUUUAACCCACACCAAAUUGAGAAGCAUCAUGCUUACGGAUCCCGAGACAGGAUGAAUUGCUUACAAAUCUCCUGCCAGUGUCCAGGAGGAAAAAUGAGGAAUGAAUGAAAAGAUGGGAAGGGAUUUGCAGAAUGGUACAAUCUGUCUGCAGGCCAAAAAUUAAAACAAUCCUGACUGGAUUUUAAGAAGAAAACAGCCAGGGUGCCCUCGACUUUAGUCCCUCCACCGUGCACAAAUAAGGAGCCACUCCAUCUAAGCCACCAUCUUUUUGGCACUCUAUCCUGUACCUGUAGGAUUGUUACGUGGUAGAGGAUGGCGAGUAGGGAUCCUUCCUGGUAACAACCAACCAGCGGCCACCUUGAGAGAAAUAUUGUGUUGCAACAAAACAAGCCAAUCUAUUCAGCCAAUUGAAAUCUAUUCUGUGCCACUCAGUGGCCAAAAAGAAAAGCAAGGUGGCUCCCGGAAAGGCGACAUUAGCUUGGGGCAACAUGUUUAAGAGAAAAUUAUAGAGAGGUGGGUUGAUUUGUUUAAAUUUAACCUGAAAAUCACUCUCUUUCCUACGCUUGUGAGUGUAGAACAGCGGUCGUUAAAACAAAAAAAGGUCUCAACCUCAAUUCCACUGUCCUAUUCUAACCAAACUCUGGCUUUCCCAGUCACGAGGAAAAAACGGCUUGGAUGAAUUGAGCGAAUGAUUGAGAGAUCGGCCGACAUUUCGAGAGCAAGAGGGAGGAAUUCUAUUAACCUAAGAUCGAUUUUUACUUUUUUAUAUAAGAUUGCUGUCUUCUAGUCCCUUCUUCUUGCCAGUAAAAUAUGAACUUCCUCCUCCCCAUGUAGUCCUGUGUUUUACCUCUUGCCACUUUAUGCUGUUGGGAGAGUUUGGUCGGGCAGGGAGAGGAAGCAGGAUUCUACAGUCACUACAAUAGGACAGUGUCUUUACCAUCCCUUGCUCUCCCAUACUGAGGGUCUGUUGGACUACUGAUGACUUUUAUGGGGUUUUUUUUUUUGUUACCUUCGGUUGCAACCUUCCCCUGUACAGUUUCCCGGACUGGACCCCUCGGUUCCAGCCUUUUCAGUGCAGCAGAACCUCCAGAGAGAGACAUCUCCAUGCAUAUCCCACAGCUUUGGGGAGAGUGCGCCCACUCUAGGUCUGCACUUUGAUAUCAUGGGGUCACAGCUAUCCUUAAUUUGCACAGCACGGCUCUGCCUUGGUUCGCUUUAGCACUUUUCAUUCUCUCUGUUGAGUGUGGUGAGUAUCGUGUGUGCGUGUGUGAAUCCAAGCGGAGAUGGUCUAGGCACUUCUUUUCUUUUUCUUUUGCUGGGGAGAGAGAGUCCAUGAAUCACAUGUAGGAAACUAAGAAUCUCCAGAGAUUUCAAUAGGCAGUUAAGAACAUCCCGAGAUGCCUGGCUCCUUCCUCACUGAAUCCCCUCCAUCUGGCACCCGUUCCCGCAUUUUGUCGCCGCGUUGUCAGAGAAAUUUGUAUUUGCGGACAUCCCCCCGGGAAUCUCUCCCAAGCUCGGCCUCUCCUCUGACCGCGGAGUGGCCUUGGUUGGGAGGGAUGGUGUGGUCGUCAGGCACCUCCACUUCAUCAAGGCUGAUUUCCUUGUUUCCUCUUCUUCCUUUUUCAUUUGGCCUUGACAUUAGCUUUGGAAUAGUGCUUACUCCAGGGCGUCGGCUCCUUUUCCAAGGGGAUUUCAUUUUAUCCUUCGGGCCGGAGAAGCUCCACGGUCCACAAGCCGAUUCCUUCUAAUCCCAGGCCUCUUUUUAGGGCAGGUUUCUGAGUUCCCCGAGAGAUAAGGUGGCAUAUAGUCGAUACCAGAUAUGCAGACACAAAACAAGUUGAGAAUGGUUUAAAGUUGCCUGUUUUGGUAAGGAGAAAGGAUCGCUCGGCGGGCUUUUGAAUUACGUACGUUAAAAUGAGCUCUCGGUAUAUUCUAGGUCUCGGGUGACUCAGUUCCAUCUCCCCCUAUUAGGGUUCAGGGUAGAAAAUCUAAGCGCGUUCUCUGCUAAGCCUUAACUAACAGAAGCAAAUGUCAACUGGCAAAAAUCUAAUUUAAGGUAACCACUGGCAAUAGAGGCUUUGGCUUUAUGCAUUUGAUAAAGGCUUUUUGAGUAUUUAUUUCGCCAUUUGUAAGGAGAACACCGCUUCCAAUGAGGUUUUAGGGAAUCGCCCAGCAUUUCAGGAAACAUGUCAUUAGAUUCAAAUACCCUCCUGCCGCUGCCAUUUUGUGUCACGUUCAGAAGCGUGACAUAUUUUCUGUGGAAAUGCAAAUGCCCUUAUCUUGAAAUACCUUGAAAUUCUUGUCUUGAAAAAUCAGGAAAUUUUGUUUUGCCCCAUACUUUUUGCGAGCCUAGAGAAAUUCCCCUUUUCAAAUAAGAUGAAGGGAGCGAGAGGAGAGACAAGUGGAUCCGGGCCGUGCCUUAGGUCAGCCAUCCUGAAGUACAUGGUCUCUUGAAGAACUUCCUGAGCCUUCCCAGUCAGCCAAAGGCUACGAGUGCCUGAGGCCGACCAACCUGCAGAGCACGCUGAUGCCUGGCUGAGGGAAGAGCUAGUGGAAGAGAAAGACUCCCUGGAAUCUGUGCUAGAUUCCUGCCGAAUCUCCACAGCCUUCAAGUAUAUCGCCAAUUGAAGAUUUCAAGCCCCAAAAUGUUCAGUGAACCUUAGAUUAAACUAGCGAUUUAGACUAGCCUGCCUCUACGCUCCCCUUGUACUCCCUUUCUCGGUUUCGAGACGCCUUUGCGGAACAGUCAGUGCCAGAGCCUGAACAUCAUGUAAUCGCCACUCAUAUCAGCCCUCAGACUAACUGAUAAGAAAAUUCAACAAUCGCUGGCAUUUUUCUGUCAGUGUGAAGAGGGGAAUGAAGAGGGAAAGAGUCCUUGAUCUUUAAAGAGCCCCCGGCCACAGGCUUUUAUUCAUUUUGAUGGAGUACAAGACACGGAAGCCGGUCAGAGACCAAGCUACGGUUCCAGUAUUAAGGAGAAGGAACCCAAAUCGAUCAUAACGGAGGAAGCUCUCUAGCGUCCGAUGGGUGAAACUGAAAUCCUCUCCUAUGAAGCCAGAAAGAGAAAUGGGAUAGAGCCACCCGCCCUAGGGAAUAAUCAGCAAUGUUGCAGGCUUACUAGAAUUUGGAAACACUACGGCCGGUGGGAUAAAAAUGAUUGAAUCAAAUUUCACCAUGGCUACAGAACAAGCCGUGAUUGCUAAAAGGAGGGUGAGGUCGCAAAAUUCAUCCCAGGUUAGAAAUAUCUACCCAUAUCACCGCUUGAGCUAUUAAGGGAGAAGGCUUUUCCGAGUGAUCAUCAAGCACCUGAGAGCAUCUGACAGAGAUGCGGGGAGCACUCCCGGAGCUGAUGCUAUGUUGUGAAGAACGGCCUCAAAUCCAUCUUUCGCAUGUCCAUCUAAUGAGAUCUACUAAUAUUGCUCAGUCUCUGUCCUGUUGAGUGAGCUGCGUGAAGGAAUUCUCCGUUAGUCUGGAGGUGUGACUUGCCUUUUCUGUAAAAUGAAAAAAAAAAAAAGGUGUGGUUAAUUUGGGAUUUUCUUUCGCCUGUGCUUCCAUUUACUACUUUGUCGACAUCAGUUCUUCCUGUGAUGCCAUCCCCCAAGUGCUGGGAGACCAUUUCUCUUGCUUUGUAUAUAUGUGAUUGCUGUGGGGUACACCCUUUACCACUGUAUAAUAACAACGAUACUAAAGUAACGAGUCUAGUUUUCUUGAUGUCUUAAAUUAUGAGUGUUGGAAUUUAGGGUCUUAAACUGUUUGUGUACACUUAAGGCAUUGUUCAAUUAAGAAAUAAAUGUGGCAUUUAUGCAAAUACCCGACACGUA